AAUUUUCUUUCUUCAACAAGUGCUAAACAAGCUAGAUCACCCUCUUUUAUCAAACUUGAAACUUCGUUGGGUUUAUUUCUUUCCGUAUCUCUGAUCAACCAAAUGAGCGCUUAGAAAUUAUGGCAGCAAGAACUUACAACAUUGCUACACUAUGCCUUCCAAGGGACAUGUGCAAGGCAGAGAAGAAUGAGAUGGCUACCAAAUUGGGGUUUUAUCGUUCGAGGCGUGUAGCAAUGAUCACAAGCAAAAACGGAAAGUUUUCGGUGAGAAGCAGCGCCGGAGGAACUCCUAGAAGUGUGGAGACAAUCAAUGGAAAGGUCAAUGGGGUUCGUGUGGGAGAGGGUACAUUGUUUGGAAACAAAAAUAGUACAGAUUUAAUUAAAGAUAGUGACAUUGAUGCACCUGCUCAUUCCUCUUUGCAUGGAAGUUUUGUUGAGGGCAGGUUUGUAUAUAGGCAGACCUUCGUAAUCAGGUCUUAUGAGAUUGGACCAGACAAAACUGCCACCAUGGAAACACUCAUGAAUCUCCUUCAGGAAACAGCUCUAAAUCAUGUGACAAGCUCUGGCCUGGCUGGAAACGGGUUCGGUGCUACCCGUGAGAUGAGCAUCCGGAAGCUUAUUUGGGUUGUCACCCGCAUCUUCAUUCAAGUACAGAGAUAUAGCUCCUGGGGAGAUGUUGUUGAAAUAGAUACUUGGGUGGAUGCAGCAGGCAAAAAUGGAAUGCGCAGGGAUUGGAUCAUCCGAGACUACAAGACUCAAGAAAUCAUUACAAGAGCUACAAGCACUUGGGUGAUCAUGAACAGAGAAACAAGAAGGCUGUCCAAGAUUCCAGAACAAGUGAGACAGGAAGUGCUACCAUUCUACCUAAACAGAGUUGCAGUUGCCACUGAGAAAAAUGACAGCGAAAAAAUCGACAGGCUCACCGACGGCACUGCAGGGAGGAUCCGAUCAGGCUUAGCACCCAGAUGGAGUGACAUGGAUGCCAACCAGCAUGUAAACAAUGUGAAAUACAUUGGAUGGAUUUUGGAGCAGAGCGUGCCCAUCAAUGUGUUGGGAGAUUAUGAUCUCACAAGCAUGACAUUGGAGUAUAGACGUGAAUGCAGGCAAUCAAACUUGCUAGAGUCCAUGACAAGUGCAACAGCAAGUUUGGCUGAAGACUCCAAUUGCAAGAACAACUCCAUCAACCGUAGGCCCGACCUAGAGUACACGCAUCUGCUUCGGAUGCAGGCUGAUAAGGCGGAGAUAGUACGAGCACGAACAGAGUGGCAUCUCAAGCAAAAACAUAAGUUGCACUGAUCUCAGUAUGGGCAGCAGUUUCAAUUUGUGCCCCCCAAAAUGGAUUUCUCUUCAAGCCUUUUGCUUUCCCCACUGAUGGGUUCUUUUAGGUUUUUGUUUUUUGGCUUGUCCAAUAUAGGUCCUUACAAUUUCUAUUUCCUAUACAUAUACUCAUCAUUCUAUAAAUCUAUGUGUAAAACCCAAUUUCAAACUUAAA